AUGAAUGAAAAUCUACUAAUUAGUGGUAAAAAAACUCUUUCAACCUUCUUCAAAGAAGAGAUUAUAGAAGAUUAUCAAUCACCAAGCUUUCAUCACCUAUCUCAAACCCUUUCUCCUACUCAUUUCCCUCAAUCAUCAUCACCAUUAUUCCCACAAAGCCCGGAAUCAUUAUGGUCUCAUUCUCCAUCAUUACACCCAUCUCAAAACUCUUCACUCUUAUAUUGUUGCAUAUCCUCUCUCCGCCACGACGGAGAUGUAUACUCCAUUGCAGUUUUAGGAGAUCUGGUUUUAACAGGGUCAAAAAGUCGUAGAAUCCAUGCAUGGCAGUCACUCGACUGUCAUACAAAAGGCUACAUUCGUACUAAUUCAGGUGAAAUUCGAACUAUGAUCACUCAAGAUAAUAUGCUUUUCACUUCACAUAAAGAUCAUAAAAUCAGGGUAUGGAACAUAAAAAGUUUUCACACCAACCCUAAUUUUAGGCCUAAAAAAGUGACUACCCUACCAAAUAUUACAAAUUUCAAAACCUUUAUAUUUAGACCAAUGUCACAUCAACAACAUAAGUCUAUAUCAAACCCUAUAAACCCAUUACAUAAGGACAUCAUCUCAUGCAUGGCUUAUUACCAUAUUGAAGGGAUAUUAUACACAGGAUCAUUUGAUAAAACUAUUAAAGCUUGGAGAUUAGUAGAAAGAAAAUGUAUAGAUUCCUUCAUUGGUCAUUCAAAUAAAAUUAAUGAUAUGGUAAUUAACCAACAAAAUGGGUACCUUUUCACUUGUUCAUCAGAUGGGACAGUCAAAAUGUGGUUAAGGGUAUAUGGGGAAACCUCACAUGCCCUUAUUAAGGUCCUUAUUUUUCAUACCUCCCCAAUUAAUGCCUUAACAUUAAGUACAUCCCCAUCACAAAAUCACAAUAGUUUUUUGUACUCCGGUUCAUUUGAUGGGUCCAUUAAAUUUUGGGAACAAGAAAUGAUAAUCUCUUCUCAAUACAAUAAUAAUUUAGGAAAUAAAAACGACUCGUUGUUUCAAGGUCAUCAGUUCGCAAUAUUUUGUCUCGUUUCCUUAGACAACCUUGUGUUAAGUGGAUCAGAAGACUCGACAAUUAAGAUUUUUAGAAGACAGAAUGAGAAAAAACCGUCACAUGAAUGUGUUGCGGUUUUAGAAGGACAUAGAGGACCUAUAAGAUGUUUGGCUACUUUAUUACAAAAGGAGACUAAAGAUGAGAUUAAUUUCUUAGUAUUUAGUGCUAGUUUGGAUCAAACUUUUAAGGUAUGGAGAGUUAAAGUUUUGCAAGAUCAAAUGAAGAAUAAUUGUAAAAUUGAAGAGGAUAAAAGGAAAGAAGAUCAUGGUGGAAGAAAUAAAUCCAUGGAUUUAUAUGAGCCUACUCCUGUUUUAUCUCCUUCAUGGGUAAAUUGGAAGCUUCAUCGUCAUAGUAUUCAUUAG